GUCGGGAUAGAAAGAGCCGGCGCGGCGGCUGCCGGCACAUCGUGAGCGGAGCCGGCCAGAGCAGCAGCCCCGACUGUAGCAGCACUCCUUCCCCGGCUGCCUCGCCUGGAGAUUCUCCUGCCUUUCUUCUCUUGCCUUUUUUUUUUUUUCCGAUUUAAAAGGGAACACAGUUUAUUGAUUUUUCUUUUUUUAAAAAUAUCUAUAUUUUUUUCCAUCCCGCUUUCCAUCGCGGUUCGCAGCGGGGCUCGCCCUCGCUCCUUCAGCGCGCAGCGGCUGCGCUGGGGCCAUUCCUGCCCGGCUUUGUGCCCUGCAGACCCGGCCCUCCUCUUCCUCCUCCUCCCCCUCCUGCCGUAAAACCUUCACGAGGCUCGCAGCAGCAUCUGAAAGCGCCGCAGCCGCUCGCCCAAGCCACCGACUUCAACAAAAACCCUUUUAAUUAUUUUUUUUAUCAUAUAUUUCCCCACGUCCUCCUCCCUCCCCUUUUUUAUUUCUCCUCCUCCCUCCCUCAAACGCAUCAAGGUGGACGCGGAGCGCAAAAAGACCUUUGUUUUAAAAAUGCCCAUGGAGCUGACGCAAAGCCGCAUCCAGAAGAUUUGGCUUCCCAAUGACAACCGCCCGGCGCUGCCCCGCCGCUCCUGCGGGCCUCAGCUUGCCAAUUCCCCCACUGUGAUAGUCAUGGUUGGCCUCCCAGCCCGUGGCAAGACCUACAUCUCCAAGAAGCUGACUCGCUACCUCAACUGGAUUGGUGUCCCCACAAAAGUUUUCAACGUGGGGGAGUAUCGCCGCGAGGCCGUGAAGCAUUACAGCUCCUAUGACUUCUUCCGUCCUGACAACGAGGAAGCCAUGAAAGUCAGGAGGCAAUGUGCCAUGGCUGCCCUGAGGGAUGUGAAGCUGUACCUGACGGAGGAGGCCGGGCAGAUUGCGGUGUUUGAUGCCACCAAUACCACGAGGGAAAGGAGAGGGAUGAUCCUGAACUUUGCCAAAGAGAACGGGUUCAAGGUGUUCUUCAUCGAAUCUGUCUGCAAUGAUCCCAACGUGGUUGCCACCAACGUCAUGGAAGUCAAAUUGUCCAGCCCAGAUUACCGGGACUGUAAUUCCACGGAUGCCAUGGAGGAUUUCAUGAAGAGGAUCAAUUGUUACCAGGCCAGCUACCAGCCCCUCGACCCUGAUGACUAUGACAGGGAACUUUCUCUCAUCAAAGUCAUCGAUGUUGGCCGGAGGUUCUUGGUGAACAGGGUCCAGGACCACAUCCAGAGCAGGAUUGUUUAUUACCUGAUGAACAUCCACGUCCAGCCCCGCACCAUUUACCUCUGCCGGCACGGGGAGAGCGAGUUCAACCUCAAGGGCAGGAUUGGAGGAGACUCUGGCCUCUCCAACAGGGGCAAGAAGUUUGCAGUGGCACUGAACAAAUUUGUGGAAGAGCAGAACCUGAAGGACCUCAAAAUCUGGACCAGCCAGCUAAAGAGGACAAUCCAAACAGCAGAAGCUCUCCAGCUGCCCUAUGAGCAGUGGAAGGCACUCAAUGAAAUCGAUGCUGGUGUGUGUGAAGAAAUGACCUAUGAAGAAAUCAGGGAGCAACACCCAGAGGAAUUUGCUCUGCGUGACCAGGACAAAUAUUACUACCGUUAUCCUUCUGGGGAGUCCUACCAAGACCUGGUGCAGCGCCUGGAGCCAGUGAUCAUGGAGCUGGAGAGGCAAGAGAAUGUCCUUGUCAUCUGCCACCAGGCUGUCAUGCGCUGUCUCCUGGCCUACUUCCUGGACAAGAGUGCAGAUGAAAUGCCCUACCUGAAAUGUCCCCUGCACACGGUGUUGAAGCUGACCCCGGUAGCCUAUGGCUGCCGGGUGGAAUCCAUCUCCCUGAACAUUGAAGCAGUCAACACGCACAGAGAUCGGCCAGAGGAAGCAAAGAAGGGACCUAACCCGCUCAUGAGACGUAAUAGCGUUACCCCUCUAGCAAGCCCAGAGCCCACCAAAAAACCUCGCAUCAACAGCUUUGAGGAGCAUGUGGCUGUUUCUCCUGCCCUGCCAGGCUGUGUUCCUCAGGAAGUGCCCACGCAGAUGCCGGGACAAAACAUGAACAACUCCCAGAAGCCGUCGUGACUCCCUGGGCACCGCUGUGAGGCCGCCGGCGCCGCCAGCUUCCCAUCCCAUCGCCGUUCCCGAAGCUUGCUUCCAACCCAGGCGGGGCUGGCUCUGCUCCCCCUGCCCCAAACCCAGCACUGCUCAGCGGGGAGGGAUGCAGGAGAGCCCAGGAGGAGCCCAGCUCCCUGCCAGGGUCACCACCAGCUCUUCAGGCUGCAGCGUUUGCUCUCCUCUCCGGCAUCCUGUUAGGUCGUAGCGAGCUGUAAAGUGCUUCUGUAGUGCACAGGAGUUUCAUUUUCUUCUCUUCUCAGUGGUUUUUGAUCUUCUGUAUAGAUGAUUGGUACCCAUCUAUCUCUGGGUGGGGUGUGUAUAUAUGUGGAUGGUGCGGGGUUAGUAGAGAAAUAGGGGGAAGGGGGGGUGGGUAAAAGGGUUUUGCGUUAUUUUUUUAAUUAUUAUUAAUGUUGUUAAUUACUUUUGAAUAAGUCCCUAACAUGCUGUGCUGCAGUCCCUCACCCACACUACAGCUGGUCACACAUGCCAGUCUGGCUCAUGCAGAUCUGUGAGCACCAGGAAAGCAGCUGUGUGAACUCCUUCACUGCAAGAACUGCUGGGUUUAAUAAAAAAACCAAACCCAUUCUUUCACUUUUUUUUUUUUUAAAUCAACAUACCUUAAAGGGGUUUGCAAAGAAUGUAGAUCUGCUGCUAAAACUGGUUAAAAUAUGCCUGCAGUGCAUGAGGAACCAUGCCAGCAGGGGCUUGGGUGAUGCUUUCAUCUUGGGGAGCACCCAGGGAUGGUCUGAGUUCAGGCAUGGGUUAAAUUUUGGGGAGGCUGGGCACUGUUUGAGGUGCUGUGCUGGUACUUCAUCUCCCCUUUCUUCUUUUUUAGAUGAAAGUGGAGGUAUUGGGAAGGGUUUGAAUCCCUAGGCUUAGAGGCAUUUUGUAGACACACAGGUCUCAUGGAGGUGGCCAGAGAUCUGGCUGGGUUGCAGGAGUCCCUGUCUGACUGCAAAGAGCCACAAGAAGGGACAUUUUUGUCUGUAUUUUUUAAUUUUAUAUAUACAUGCACACACGUGUGUGUGUGUAUAUGUAUAUACUUAGAAACUGCUUGGUUUUUGCACUUUAUUUGUGGCAGAAGCAUAACUACUUUAUUUUUUUCCCUAGUUGUGCCCCUUAACAGGGGAAGCCUGAAUACAGGCAACUUUUUCUGUUUGUUUUUAAUUGUAUUUUGCAUGCUGGAAAGCUGGGACUACAAAAUAAUAGUAGUUACAGUGUUUGAGGUGGGGGGAACAGGGUGAGGACCUGACUGAUUCUAUCAGCCAACUCCCAGGGGUUUGAUCCGUGUCCUGGGCUGGGAGACAGCAGUUAAAAAUGGCAAUUAACCACUAUUGCUUUGUGCAAAAAUCUGUGGAUUUUGGAUUUUUUUUUUUUUUUUUUUUUUUUUUUUUUUUUUGGGUUAUGGGUUGGAUUUUUUUUUCCCCCACCUAUAUGCAACAUCUUCUCCAUGCCCAUCUCAUGUUUUUUUUUUUUUUUUUUUUGCUGGAGGCAGGAGGUGAAGGCAGCCCCCCCUCCUGCAGCACUAGGCUGGGGAACUGGGGGUGGGCAACCCUUUGGAUUCAUCUUCCCAUGGCAUUCCCCAAUGUCUUGUGUAGGGAACACCAUCCCCAGAGAUGGGAUUGGAGAGGUUUGGUGGAGAAAUGAUCUCUUUGAGUGUGUGCAUGUUUUGGGGGUGGGUUUGGUGUGUUUUUUUUUCCUUUGGGAAAAGGUGAACCACAGUGCCUCGCGCUUCGGCCUCGCGCUCGGAGCGGCACCGACGGCGGGAGGGCUCCGGGGCCACGCUCAGCCCGUGUCCCAUGGGGUGACAGUCCUGGCAGUGCCCUGCCUGUGUCAGCUUGUGCAUAUGUGUAUCAUAGUCCUGUACAGAUAAAACAAAGAACACUCCACCCCCCUCUGCUGUAUUUCUGUUUUAACAGCCUCAUUAAAAGCAGACUUCUCCCUUGUGCAGCUGUGCUUUGGGUUUCUCUGCCUUUCAGAUAAAUGAAUGUUUUGGGGAGGCCACUCACUUGGCUCUUUUCACCUUCCUCCUUCGUGGGGAGUUUUAUCUCUCUCCUCCUGCUGCUGCAAAAAGAUAAGCCAGCAAAUACAAACGUGACGUCUGGCUGCCCCGAGAUCAAUCCUGUACACGUGGAAUUGCGCGGAUGUUUUGGUGUGUAUUUGUGUGUGUAUAUAUAUAAAUAUAUAUAUAAAAAAACAGAAAAAAACCCAAAAUUUCAUCCUUUAGUAAUAAUAGAUGUCUCAGUAGGUCUACCUAAACCUGAAAUUUGAACUGCUCUCCGGAGUUCCUCUUGUGCUGGAGGGGUUGAUGGGAUUAUGUCAACCCUGUGCCAUCACAACUGCCCCAAAAAAAUUGCUGUCUGUUUUUUUUUUGGUGAACAGAGCCAAGGACUGGGCAGUUGAUGCCACAGCCAAGGCAGAUUGGCAGAGAGGACAUGUCAAACCACACCAAUGAUUUCUUCCCCCACCUUUCUUUUUUUGCUCUCUGGUUUGUUUUCCUUUGUGAUACUUGAAUUUAUUUUUUUAAUUUUUUUUUAAUAGCAAAGCGCUUUUUAUUUAUUUAAUGUAUACUGCAAAGCUUGGAGAGAAGGAUGUAGUUACUUGGGAUUACUUUUUUUUUUUGAUUUGUGGUAUGUUAACUGUUCUGUAUAUACAUCUGGAAUAAUUGCCUGAUAUAAAGCUGUGCCAGCUUAAAAACAGGGUAUGCCUUUCAGAAAUUUGUAUAUUUUGCAGUUGCUGGACCAAUAAAAUAUCUUGUUGAAAUACA